UUUCAGGACGUUCCAAUGGGUCAGUACCACUUCCAGAGACGAGAAAGGUCCAAAUCUCAAAGGAGGAGGUUUGAGGAGGAACUCAACGAGCGAAUGAUUCGCACCAUCGACGGCAUCAACUCGCAGAAACAGUGGCUGAAGUCUGAAGACAUCCAGAGGAUCUCUUUGUUCUUUCACAACAAAGCUCUGGAGAAAGAGUACAGAUCCACAACAUUACCAGCCUUCAAGUAUUACGUGACCUGCGCCUGCCUCAUAUUCUGCUGUAUGUUCAUCGUGCAGGUCCUCGUCCUGCCCAAAACUGCUGUGCUGGGGAUCUCCUUUGGCCUGGCGUUCCUGCUCUUGGCGUUGAUCCUCCUCCUUUGCUUCGGUGGUCAAAUACUGGGGAAGAAGGGCUCCUUCUGCUCCUUCACCUGGUUCCCCACUUCCUCCCGCAUCAUCGUCACCAACAAUCCCUGGCUGCGAUUGGUCCUCACCAUGACGACCACAGCUCUCAUACUUGUGAUGGCGGUGUUCAACAUGUUCUUCGUGGAGGACCCUGGAGGAUCGGGGGAGGAGGUCAUGACAACUACUCCACCUGUGAAUAUAACUAAUGACAGCCUGCUGGAGUACAUGGAAGAAAACACAGGAGAAAACAAGUUUUAUCUGCCAUACUUCAUCUACUGCUGUAUCCUGGGGCUGGUGUCGUGCUCUGUGUUCCUGAGGAUAAACUACGAGCUGAAGAUGGUGGUGAUGCUGGUUGCCGUGGUGAUCUACAACAUCAUCAUCCUCCAGACACACGCCUCUCUGCUGGAUGCCUUCAGCAAAGCACUGUACCCCACCAAUAGUCUAGACAGACCAGGAGUGCUGAAGGACCUGAAGACGAUGGGCUCUGUGUCUCUCUUCAUCUUCUUCAUCACCUUACUGGUAUUAGCCAGGCAGAAUGAAUAUUACUGUAGGUUGGACUUCCUGUGGAGGGACAAGUUCAAGAGGGAGUGUGAGGAGAUCGAAACCAUGGAGAACCUCAACCGGGUUCUGCUGGAGAACGUUUUACCUGCACACGUCGCCGAACACUUCCUGGGACGCAACUGGAAAAACGAGGACCUUUAUCAUCAGUCCUACGAGUCCGUGUGUGUGAUGUUCGCCUCCAUCCCGGACUUCAAAGAGUUUUAUACCGAGUCUGAUGUCAAUAAGGAGGGACUGGAGUGCCUCCGUCUUCUCAACGAGAUCAUAGCAGACUUUGAUGAGCUGCUGUCCAAACCAAAGUUCAGCGGAGUGGAGAAGAUAAAAACCAUCGGCAGCACCUACAUGGCUGCAACUGGACUGAAUGUGACUCCGGGACCAGAGUGCGCACAGGAACAUGACCGACAGAACAUGCACAUUGGCACCAUGGUGGAGUUUGCCUUUGCUCUUGUGGGGAAGCUAGAUGUCAUCAACAAACACUCCUUCAACGACUUCAGACUCAGAAUUGGUAUAAACCACGGGCCAGUGAUCGCAGGGGUCAUCGGGGCCCAGAAACCUCAGUACGACAUCUGGGGAAACAGUGUGAACGUGGCCAGUAGGAUGGAGACCACGGGGGUUCUGGGAAAAAUACAAGUAACAGAGGAGACGAAUCACAUCUUAUCCACACUCGGGUACAUGUGUUCGUGUCGGGGCAUCAUUAACGUGAAGGGCAAAGGAGAGCUGAAGACCUUCUUUGUCCACACGGAGAUGACCCGAUCUCUUUCACAAGGAACUGUGAUGCCUUGAGUGGGCAGAAUAAAAACAAUCAUACGCGAAGUGGCCGUAGAUAUUUCAUGCGCCGUAACUUAAACCCAUUACCAGCAGCAGCCUGCAUUGGAUACACGAUUGUUGAGAAGCAGUUUUGUCUUUAGCAAUAGCAUUACAACGUAGAGGUGAAAUGUCGCAGUCCUUCAACGCUGCACUCUGGAUUUUUUUAUAAACUCGAGUGUGACCAAGACAUUGCCCUGAGGAGUCUCUUCACUGACUAAAGGAGUGCCUGACUAAAAAGAGGUUUGCUCUCAAGGACCGCAGCCGCCCGUCUGUACAGUAGUAGUGGUGUGGAGCUAAGUGCCAGUGUUGCAGAGCUUCAGAGCCUUAUACUUGAGCUGCCUGCAGAGCUGUGUGUUAUUUUUAUAUAUCUGCCUGUUUGGCACUGUGAGCCGGUUUGUUCCAUUUCAUCCUAAAUGGAUGUUACAACAGCUAAUUGUCUUUUAGGGUGCGAUGGAUGAAUUGUAUUUAUAGCUUAAGAGCUUUAGAGAAACGUUUUUUUUUUUUAUAAUCCACUUAGAACCAGACCAACAGCAAUGUGUGUAAUGUCCACUGACAUCCUUUUGUUAUUCAUUAAACAUUUGUAUAUAAAUU